AUGGUUGCCGGUCUCGACAGCCAGCGGCUGGAAGCCGUCUUCCAGUCGCGACCCGAUAUUUUGCAGGGCAUUCAAAAGGCAGCCAACACACCCGAUCGAGUCGCAUUGUUCAACAACAUCGCGAGUUUCGUUCACGAGCAAAUCAACGGACCCGAACCGGCAUCAAAACGCAGACGGACAGACGAAGGUCCUACGAACGGUUUCAAGGCGUCCAACACAAACGGAGUGGCUGCAAAGCCUGCACCGAAAGUCAUAGGAACCGGAAACGCUGCCGAUGAAGAGGUUCUCCUUGUGAUUAAGGAGAUUUCCGUCUCUGUGCCCCAGCGCAAGAAGUACGAGCUCUGCUUCACGGCGAACUUCUUUUACGCGCGGUUACCGAAUACCACUGCACCCGUCGAGGGCAUCAUCUACGCCUGGGAUGACAUUGAAUACCUCUUCUGCCUCCCCGUACCCGAGAAGACCCAGGUGCAGCAUAAUUACGUCCUGUUUCCCCGUGGGACAUGUCUCCCGACGAAAACCUCACCCGAGAAGGAAGCUCUGGUAUUCACAGUGCCUGCCACAGCCCCCAAGCCCGGCACCAUCGAUGGCCCGAAAGCAAACGCUGCAUCAGCAGUCUCCGACACCUACCGUGGCCUCUUUGAUUGGGCGUUGACGACACACCUCAGCUCCGCUGGCAAUCCUGCCGAAAUCGUCGCAGCCGACCCCAACAUAUUCCACAGUCUCGUCCGCCAGCCGCACAGGCCGAAUGAGAAGGCGGUGCACGUCAAGGCCUUCCGCGGCUCCAAAGACGGAUACCUCUUCUUCCUUCCCAAUGGCAUUCUCUACGGCUUCAAAAAGCCUCUCGUCUUUCUGCCCAUCGACCGUAUCGUGGCCAUGAGCUACACAAGCGUCCUACAGCGCACAUUCAACAUCGUAGUAGAGGUGUUCACCGAGGGUGACGCCACCGAGGAGAUUGAAUUCGGCAUGUUGGACCAGGAAGACUACGGCGGCAUCGACGAGUCCUAUGUCAAGCGCCACGGACUACAGGAUCGCAGUAUGGCUGAACAGAGGAAGGCGAAGAUGGAGCUGACUGAGAACCUCAAGAAGAAGGGCGCGGACGCGGACGCUGACGCUAAUGGAGAUGCGGAUGCAAAUGGUAUGACAGAGCUCGAAAAGGCCCAUCUUGAGGCUGAGCAGGCGCUCCAGGAGGAUGAAGAUGAAGACGAAGAGGACUACGACCCUGGCAGCGAGGGAGAGAGCGAGGGCUCUGGGUCGAGCGACGAUGAUGAUGACGACGAUGAUGACGAUGAAGAUGACGAUGCUGGGGAAGAAGGUGAAGAUGGCGACGAGGAGAUGGGUGAAGGUGAAGGUGAAGGUGAGGGAGAGAAUUGA